GCGACGAAGGCGACACGCGAAAUGCACUAAUAGUCACAGUAAAAAAAUUAGUCAUUUGAUACGUAAAAAUAAAUUAGAUACAGUAUUUUUUUUUUUUUUACAUACAAGUAAGUCAUUGAAUUACGGAAAGAUGACUGAAGAAACGAACCGAGUAGGAGCUGCGAAUCUGGAGGAUGGAAAUGAUCAAUUUCAUGAUUCCAUUGCUACGUUACCAGCACAACCGGCACAAGUACCGUUUGCAAUUGAACCUUUUUGUUCGGAGGAUACCACAUGGUCACGUUGGAUUGAACGAUUUGAAACUGCAUUGGAAAUUUUCAAUUGUGCACAAGGCCGUAAGAAGAAAUCGUUUUGUACUACAUGGGCUCAAAAACGUACAACAUUUUGUGUGAUCGAAUUUUCCCGAAACAUCCGAAUGAUUUGAUUUACGAAGAAAUUGUGCGUGAAUUGAAGUCAUAUUUCGAUCCACAACCGAACGAGAUGGUGGAGAAUCACCGAUUUCGGCUGAGAAACCAAAAAGAAGGUGAAUCAUGCGAUGAUUUUAUCAAGGAAUUGCGACGAUUGUCGGCACAUUGCAAUUUUGGUGAAUACUUGGAUACAGCGCUACGAAAUCAAUUUGUGUUCGGAUUGUCGUGUCAUAAUGUACGUGUGCGUUUGUUGGAGAAGAAAAAUCUCACGUUGGCGACCGCCGUUGAUAUUGCGAAAAGCAUGGAAUCAUCAGCUCGUGGCGGCAAAGAAAUUCAACCGGAGAAAAGUGAGGUUAAUUUUGUCCGUGACAAAGCAAAGCAUGACACAAAGAAACAUCCGAAACCACAUACAACGAAGUCACACAACUCGUCACAUGCGACGACCGAUACGACUACCACAAAGAAGAGUCGUAAUUGCUUUCGAUGUGGUAGUGCACACCACAUGGCUUCAUCGUGUAAUCAUAUGAAGACAACUUGCCGAUACUGCGGUAUCAAAGGUCACUUACAGUCCGUAUGUUUGAAGCGGAAGAAGCAACAAACACAUCAGAUCGAGGAGAGUGACGUACAACAUGUCGAUGAGUUGCUGUCAAUAAUGGAGAGUAACAUACUACACGAGGAACAACACGUUGAUGAGCUAUUGGCGAUUGAAUCGCAUACUGAAGAUUUGUUACACAUUUCCAACACCGAAUUACGCUCUAAAUUUUUGUGCAACUUACUAAUAAAUGAUAUUUCUAUUUCUUUUGAAAUUGAUACAGGAGCUCCCGUGACGAUCAUGAGCUUAGUGGAUGCGCGGGCACAUUUCGGUGAAUUGGAAUUGCAUGACAACGAUUUGGGACUACAAAGCUACACGAAAACACCCAUUGAAGUUGUUGGGUUUAUGUACGUGUCAGUGACGGCACGCAACGUUAAUUCAAAAGUAUCCAGUACAAAAGUGAAACUGUACGUGGUCAAAUCGGAUCGUAAGCCACUUUUAGGACGAGAAUGGUUACGACAGAUCAAACUUGAUUGGAAAUCAGUUUUUGAGAAGAUGAUUUUGUCACCGGAAUGUCAAAAUCUACACGCAAUUGCUACGAAUACUACGACUACAUUGAAAUGUUUGAUUCAACGCUACGAACACUUGUUUGCAAAAUCAACUGGAACAAUUACUGGUACAUUGGCUCGUUUGCCAGUCAAAAAGGGUCAAUCGCCGAAAUUUUUCAAGGCGCGACGAGUUCCAUUUGCCUUAGUACAAGCCGUGGAAAAGGAAAUUGAGAAACUCGUGUCAGAUGGUAUUUUGGAGAAAGUUGAGACGAGUGAAUGGGCUACUCCAAUCGUACCUGUACCAAAAGGCAACGGUGAAGUACGAAUUUGCGGAGAUUACAAAAUUACAGUGAAUCAAGCAUUGCUCGUUGACGAAUACCCACUACCUACGAUUAACGAACUAUUUAGUUCCAUGGCGGGAGGCCAGAAGUUUUCGAAAAUCGACUUAUCGAAAGCGUACUUACAAAUGGAAAUUCAUCCAGAGGAUAGGGAAUUGCUCACACUUUCUACACACAAAGGGUUAUUUCGACCAACGAGACUCAUGUUUGGCGUGGCAAGUGCGCCAGCCAAGUUUCAACGUUUCAUGGAAACAUUACUUUGCGAUAUACCAGGUGUUACGGUAUUUCUUGACGACAUCAAAAUUACUGCUGAUAACGACGAGGAGCAUUUGCGGCGUUUGCAAGAGGUCUUGAAACGUUUACAUGAUCACAACAUGCGCGUCAAUUUGGAAAAAUGUGAGUUUUUGCAAGACAAAAUCGUUUACUGCGGAUAUGUCAUCGAUAAGGAAGGCAUUCACAAAGUGGAAGAGAAAAUCGAGGCGAUUGUCAACAUGAGUACACCGCGUGACAAAGAAGAGGUACGUGUGUUUCUGGGUUUGGUUAAUUAUUAUGCACGAUUUUUACCAGACUUGAGCUCAACGUUGUAUCCGAUUAAUCAAUUACUCCGAGAUACCAUUCCAUUCAACUGGUGCAACAAAUGUGUGAAUGCGUUCGAUGAGGUGAAACGAUUAAUGCAGUCCGAUUUGGUGUUGGCACACUACGACCCAACGCAAAUUCUGGUUUUAGCGACUGAUGCCGGUCCAUACGGUGUUGGAGCGGUGCUCAGCCAUAUCUACAAAGACGGUUCAGAGCGACCGAUACAAUUUGCAUCACAAACAUUGUCACCAACUCAACAAAGAUACAGCCAGAUUGACCGCGAGGCGUAUGCGAUAAUUUUUGGCGUGCGAAAAUUUUACCAGUACCUUUACGGAAGGAAAUUCAUUUUGGUUACCGAUAACAAGCCAGUUGCACAGAUUUUUUCGCCGUCGAAAGGUUUGCCAUUGAUGUCGGCUACACGAAUGCAACAUUAUGCGAUUUUCCUCGAAUCAUUCGAUUUCAAAAUUCAGGUGAAGAAAUCAAAGGAAAAUGCCAACGCGGAUGCAUUGUCACGUUUACCAAAUCCGCUUGAUACGUACAAUUACAUCGAAGAAAGUGAGUUAAUCGAAAUCAAUGCGAUCGAAACUCUACCGGUCAGUGUACCAGAAUUGGCCGAUGCUACGGAUAAGGAUCACACUAUGCGAAAUUUGAUUCAAGCACUGAAACAUGGACGUCGUUGCGAGAGUAAAGAUCGAUUUGGCAUUGAACAAACAGAAUUUGCACUUCAACGAGGAUGUUUGAUGAGGGGAAUUCGUGUCUACGUUCCACCGACCUUGCGCGAACGAGUUUUGUAUGAGUUACACUCAGCACAUUUUGGAGAGACUAAAAUGAAAAGUUUAGCGAGAGGUUAUUGUUGGUGGCCAAAAAUGGAUUGUGACAUCGAGAAUUUAGUCAAGAAUUGUCGAGAUUGUCAAAGCGUCCGACCAGAAUCAAAGAAAGUCAUCGUACAUCAUUGGAUGACACCAAAUGAACCAUUCGAACGAGUGCAUGCCGAUUUUGCCGGCCCAAUCAUGGGUAAAUAUUUGUUCAUUUUGGUUGAUGCAUACACGAAAUGGCCCGAAGUGCGAGUCAUACCGAAUAUUACGGCCGAAACAACCAUUGCGGUGUGUCGAGACAUUUUUGCUACGUUUGGCAUACCAAAAUAUUUCGUCAGUGACUGGGGAACGCAAUUUGUAUCUGGUGAUUUUCAAGCAUUUCUCAAAGUCAAUGGGGUUGAACAUCGGAAAGGAGCACCAUACCACCCAGCUACAAAUGGACAAGCAGAGCGGUACGUACAAACGUUUAAGAAUAAAAUCAAAACAUUGAAAUGCUCAAGAAACGAUUUGAAGAAAAACAUUGCAAACAUUUUGUUGGCGUAUCGUCGUGCAAUUCACCCAGCCACGGGCAAAUCACCUUCAAUGUUAAUGUUUGGACGUCAAAUGAAGAAUCGUUUAGAUUUGAUGCUGCCAAAUGAACACAAACAAGAAGAAGAACACGUGAACAUCGGAAAGAAUUUCAACCAAAACGAUCGAGUCGCUGUUCGUGAUUAUUUGUCGAAUGAAAAAUGGAAAUUUGGCACAGUUUCGCAAAAAUUUGGCAAAUUACAUUACGAAGUUCAAUUGGAGGAUGGUCGUAACUGGAAGCGACACGUCGAUCAAAUGCGUAAAGUCGGAGACGAAAUCAUUUCGAAACAAUCAAACGUUCCAAGUGUUUCGAAUGAACCAACGAAAACACCAACUCAAAUUUCCGACAAUGUCGAAACUUCUAUGCAAGCACAAUCGUGUGUCAAUGAACCAACACACAAUCAACCUACAUUCAUCGCUGAGGAGCCAUCGAAGGAGUCACUACCAUGCAAUUCUAAUUUACCGAUUCCGUCGAUGCCGUCUGCUGAGGUUAUGAACGACAAAGGAGUUCCAUCGCACAACGAGAGUGAACGAGUAAUGAGAAAAUCAACCAGAGUUCGACGACCCCCAGAGCGGUUGCAAUACCACUGAUUGAAUAAUCAACUUAAAUUUGUUUUCUCUUUUCAAUUGCUUGUUGCAUAGAAGAUCGAAUUAAGUUUAAAAAAAUUUUUUUUUUUUCUUCUUGAAUUAUUUUAAUAAAGAAUAGAUAAGGAAUUUUUCAUUUUUUUUGCGGGGGAAAAGCUGUUAUACCUAACUUCAUAUCAUUUCAUACAACUGUCAUUUCACACGAUGUAAAUAUGAAACAACUGAAUGUCAUUUAAUAAAUCAGUCUAUUCUCUAACCUCAA